AUGGGCUCAAUCUACGUAUUCUGAGAUCAUUAUGUAGUUAGUGAGUUGGUGUCUUGUGAAUCUGAUAAAGUAACUGUAUAAAAUUAUUUUCGUGCAUGAGACAGUGUGCGGUGAAAUAAACUUGGCGACAACUAUUGACACUAUUACUGUUCAUUGUCACAAUUUCAGCAGCUAGUUUGAAAGUGAAAAAUAGUGGAACAGAUUGCGAGCUGACGUCUACGUAUCGACGCAUCCCCUGCGAUGACUGCCGAGUCGUUUGAGUAUCAUGAGAAGAAUCGGCCACUGUUCACCGACCUAACGGCUGAGGACGAUGACAGCGGUAUAACAGAGAUCGAGAGCCUUUGCAUCAACUGUGAGAAAAGUGGUGUCACGCGAUUGCUGCUGACGAAGAUACCUUUCUAUAAGGAUGUGAUCAUCAGCUCGUUUAAUUGUGAUCACUGUGGCAAUAGCAACAGCGAUAUACAACCUGGAGGAAUGGUGCAAGAACAUGGAAUUAAAAUCACCGUCGCCAUCAACUCAGAAGCAGAUUUAAAUCGCCAGGUGGUCAAGAUGGACACUGCCACGGUCAAGAUACCAGAGAUUGACCUUGAAGUGCCUGCACACACCCAGAGUGGCACGCUGACAACUAUUGAAGGAAUUCUGGAACGCGCCAUCACAGGACUGGAGCAGGAGCAGCCGAUCAGAUAUGCGAUGGAUGAAGAUCUAGCCAGGAAAAUUGAAAAAACGAUUGAGAAGUUGAAAAGCUACCGAAAAGGAAAUGAGACCUUUACUUUGAUACUAGAUGACCCAAGUGGAAACAGUUUUGUUCAAAAUUUGCUGGCCCCGGCUAACGACCCGCGGACGAGCGUCGUGCAGUACGCACGCUCCCUCGAGCAGAACAAGCUCCUCGCUCUCGUCGCGGAUGAUGAGCAUGAGGAGGAUGGGGAAGAGGGGGAGGCCCCACCAUUAGAACCGGACAAUCUUAAGGACGAGGUAUUAAGUUUCAAGACAAACUGCCCAAACUGCAGUGCUCCCGCUGACACCAAUAUGAAAGUUGUUGACAUACCCUAUUUCAAAGACGUGAUCAUCAUGGCGACGACAUGUGAUGCGUGCGGCCAUCGCACGAACGAGGUGAAGGCGGGUACCGGCAUGUCGCCCAAGGGCACGCGGAUCACACUGCACCUCACCGAUCCAUCUGACCUUAGCAGGGAUGUGCUGAAGUCCGAAACCUGUUCCCUGGAGAUUCCAGAGCUGGAGUUAAUUGCAGAGAUGGGUACACUAGGAGGACGUUUCACAACAUUGGAAGGCCUACUGACUAACGUGAAGGAACAGUUGGAGUCAAACAACCCAUUCACGAUGGGGGACAGCGCGACGCCGGACUACACAAGCAAGAUGGCGCGGUUCGUCCGCGACCUUGACACUGUCAUCCGCGGAGAGAGGUUGAAUGUCCACAUUGUUCUGGACGACCCCGUUGGCAACAGCUACUUGCAGAAUGUUUAUGCACCUGAUCCCGACCCAGAGAUGGAGUCUGUGACCUACGAAAGAAGCUUUCAGCAGAACGAAGAUCUAGGGUUGAACGAUAUGAACACAGAAUCAUAUGCAGAAGCACCGUCGUCAUAGCGACAGAGAUUAUCUGCAGCCAUAUGUGGUCUGCAUUCGUCAGCUCUUGCUGUGCUGCACCCAACCUACAGUGUUGCAUUGUAUGUAGAUGUGGACAAUGAAUCGAUGGUAACUGAGCACAAUAUAGUCAUCUGUAGUAAUUGAAGGGAAUGUAAAUUUAAGAUGGUAAAUUCUGUCAAACAAUCCACAUUUUUUAUUAUUAAACUACAUAACGGAGACAAAACAUUGUCUACUGUAUUCGUUUAAAACAAGCUCAGCGAUCAAGCUGGCAACGUGAUACUUAAACAUAUCACUUUACAAUACUUUGCCGACUCUACUAACUUUCAGAAGAUAGUCACUCUGGUUGGUUCCAGCACCCAUGUGUUGGUAACAACACCGUAGGAAUAAUUAUUUCUAUUGCAUCCAAAAUGCUGCCAUAAUCACAUAACUGGCAGCAGUAUGCUAGCUAGAUGGCAGCUCAAAAAUCCCUGUUUAGAUCAUGGAGUGUCUAGCAAAGCAUUUAGUGAUGCCCACUAAUAAUACUGACUGGUAUCUUCCGACACUUGCUUCUUUCAUAAUUCACAAGGUGUUCCUUUCAUCAAUCACGGUAUCAGUUACACGUAUAUAUAUUUAUAGUUAGCGUAGUACAAAACGUGACUACUAUGUUUCACAACGAGCUAACGCCUUCCCGUAAAGUUCACACAGUGGUAGAGCUAGGAUUUGAACCUAGCCCCUUGAACUGACGAUUAUAAAUAGCAUCUACUCUGGGAUAAAUCUGUUAUUGCUUAAGAAUAACAGCCAGGUUGUAUUAAAAAGACACAGUACA